AUGACCUACGGUCCUAACAUACUACACACUGCCGAGGGCAAAAGACUCGAAGAAGACACCCAGAAUAUCAAGAAAUGGAAACGUUGGGGUCCCUAUCUCGGUGAAAGACAAUGGGCUACUGUCAGAGAAGACUACUCCCACGAUGGAGACGCCUGGAACGAUUUUCCCUUCGAUCACUCUAAAUCAAGAGCAUAUCGAUGGGGAGAAGAUGGUCUAGCUGGUGUUUCCGACAACCAUCAGCUCUUGAACUUCUCAAUUGCUCUCUGGAACGAAAACGACGAUUUUUUGAAAGAAAAACUUUUUGGUGUUACCGGUCCUCAAGGCAAUCAUGGUGAAGAUGUCAAAGAAAUCUAUCACUAUCUCGAUAACACCCCCACCCAUUCAUAUAUGAAAUACCUUUAUAAAUAUCCCCAAUCAAAAUUCCCCUAUGAAAAAUUGGUUGAAGAAAACCAAAAGAGAUCGAGGCUAGAAAAGGAAUACGAAUUGCCAGAUACAAAAAUCUUUGAUGAAUCCAAUUUUUUCGAUGUCAUAUUCGAAGUCGCUAAGGAUGAGAACGAUCCCGACGAAGUCUAUUUCAGAAUAACCGCUUAUAACAGAUCUGCUGCUCCUGCUCCUCUCCAUAUCUUGCCUCAUGCUGUCUUUAGAAACACUUGGUCUUGGGGUAUUCCUGAAGAAAAAAACCACCCAAAGCCCUCCUUCUCAAGGGAAUUUGAUAAUAGCGAUUCUUCAAUUAAGAUCGACCAUUGGAAAUUUGGUAAGAAAAGACUAGUCUUUUCUCCCUCCCCAGGUUGUAACGACCACUCCGAUGAUGUUGAACCAAAACUAUUAUUCACUGAAAAUGAAACAAAUACAAAAAAAUUAUAUAAUCAGCCAAACAAAUCAAAAUACGUUAAAGAUGCUUUUCAUGAAUACGUUGUCGAUGAAAUCAGCGAAGCUAUUAAUCCUCAAAAUGUUGGUACAAAAGCUUGUGCUUGGUUUUCCUUUGAUGCUGAUGGUGGUGUUCCUCCCGGUGACUACGUUACUAUUCGUUAUAAAUUAUCUACUAUAAACGAUGGUGAUACAGAAAAAAGUUGCAUUAUUGAUGAAGAAGCAUUUGAUCAGGUCUUUGUUGAAAGACAAGAUGAAGCUGAUAACUAUUAUUGGUCAAUCACUCCAUUGCCAAUCACAGAAGAAUUGAGAACUAUUCAACGUCAAGCCUUUGCAGGUUUAUUAUGGACCAAACAAUAUUACGGUUUUGUUCACCAAUAUUGGGCACAUGGUGACCCAGCUACUCCUAAACCACCUCCAAAUAGAGCAAAUGGUAGAAAUAAACAUUGGAAUCAUUUAUAUAUUGACCAAGUAUUAUCUUUACCUGACAAAUGGGAAUAUCCUUUUUUCGCUGCUUGGGAUACUGCUUUUCAUUGUAUUCCUCUUGCAAUGAUUGAUCCUGCCUUUGCUAAAAAUCAAUUGGAUUUAUUAACUAGAGAAUGGUACAUGCAUCCAAAUGGUCAAAUACCUGCUUAUGAAUGGAACUUUAGUGAUGUGAAUCCACCAGUUCAUGCUUGGUCUGCCUUUAGAAUUUAUAAAAUUGAGAGAAAAAUGUAUGGAAGAGAAGAUAGAGAUUUUUUGGAAAGAGUCUUUCAAAAAUUGUUAUUAAACUUCACUUGGUGGGUUAAUAGAAAGGAUUCUGAUGGAAAUAAUGUCUUUGAAGGUGGCUUUUUAGGUCUAGAUAACAUUGGUAUCUUUAAUAGAUCUGAACCUUUGCCAACUGGUGGUGUAUUGGAACAAGCUGAUUCUACUGGUUGGAUGGCGUUUUUUUGUCUCCAAAUGUUAAAUAUUGCCUUGGAAUUAUCCAAAGAAAGAUCAGUUUAUGAAGAUAUCGCAUCAAAAUUUUUUGAACAUUUCUUAUUAAUUGCUGAUGCCAUGACAUUUAGAGAUGCUUCACCAGAUGAAACUGAAGCCACUAAAAAAUCUCUUUGGAAUGAAGAAGAUCAAUUUUUCUAUGAUUCGAUUUCUUAUGAUCAUGUUUACAAACAACAAUUACCUGUUAGAUCUUUAGUUGGCUUGAUUCCUUUGUAUGCUUGUUUAACUUUAGAACCUGAAUUAUUGGAAAAAUUCCCAAGUUUCAAAAAAAGGUUAGAUUGGUCAAUUGAAAAUAAAAGUUGGAUUUUUGAAAGAAAUAUUGCAUGCACUAAAGCUAAAGGAGUUGGAGAACGUUUAUUGUUAUCAUUAGUGAAUAAAGAGAGAUUAGUUGCAAUUUUAGAGAAGAUGUUGGAUGAAGAUGAAUUUUUAUCUGAUUAUGGUAUAAGAUCAUUAUCAAAAUAUCAUGAAAAGCAUCCAUUUGAAAUGAAUGUUCAUGGCCAACAUUAUAAUGUUAGCUAUUUGCCUGGAGAAUCAGAUUCGGGGCUUUUUGGUGGAAAUUCUAAUUGGAGAGGACCAAUCUGGUUUCCAACAAAUUUUCUUUUAGUUGAAUCACUACAAAGAUUUUAUUUAUAUUAUGGACAAUCAUUGAAAGUUGAAUGUCCCAAGAGAUCUGGAAUAAUGCUCAAUUUAGCUCAAGUUGCUGAAGAAAUCCAACAUCGUUUAAUUAAAUUAUUUACACAAAAUGAAGGAGGGUACAGAGCUUGUAAUGGAGACUCUAAAAUAUUAAAUUGCAAUGAAUUUUUCAGUGAUAAUGUUCCAUUUUAUGAAUAUUUUGAUGGUGAUACUGGAAGAGGAUUAGGAGCUUCACAUCAGUGUGGAUGGACAGCGUUAGUUGCGAAAUGGAUUCAAGAUGUUGGUGUGUCAUUAAAAUUACCAAGUACGCCAUACACACCCAAGACAUCAGCCACGUCAGAUUAUUUUAAUAUUGAUGAUAAUGAAAUUAUCAAGUAUUAUCCUAGUGGCGGGAAAUUUUCGGCUAAACUGGCUAGACGUCGUUCUGGAAAAUCGUUGGUUAAUUUGACAUCGCAAGUUUUAGAGUUGACAGAAGAAGAGUGCAAGAUUUAUCAAAGAGAAAUACCAAUGACACCUGGAGCCAAAUCUAUUGUAAGUGAAGAUGAUAAUUACUCUGAGUUGGGACUUUCAAGACAAUCGACUAGGGUCUCAUCAGCAAUGACAGAGGAACACGAAAAGGCAAUAAUUGAACAGAUCCGAACAGCUAUUCAAAAUUACAAGUUCAAGAAGAACGAAAAGGAAGAUGAUGUUUCAAGCGAUGAAUUAGAAGCUCAUUCCUGA